AUGCGACUGAUGUCCUAUAUCGCCCCUUACAAGCGCGACGCGAUAUUUGCUGUGCUGGCCGUGGCUCUCUAUACGGCAGCCAACGUCUGCAUCCCCUACUUGGUCAAAGUGGGAAUCGACAGCGCUAUCUGGGAAGGCAACUUGGUUCUCCUUCAUUGGGUAGGCGCGGCAUUCCUGCUGGUCGCCGUGCUGCACUUCAUCGGCAACUACUUGCAGUUUGUGUUCAUGCCCCGUGUUGGACAGGGAAUUCUCUAUUCCUUACGCACCAAGAUGUUCAAUCACCUGCAGGAACUGUCUCCCUCCUUCUACCACCGCACUCCCGUAGGACAGAUUAUGUCGCGCAGUCAGAGCGACGUGCUGCAGUUGCAAGAAACCUUCGAGCUCAUAGUACAGAGCUUUUCCGACGUGCUGAGCCUGUUGGGUAUCGUCACAAUGAUGCUCAUAAUAGACUGGCAACUGGCUCUAAUCUGUCUGUCCAUCGUGCCACCUCUUUUCUUCAUACUAGGCUACUGGCAGAAGUUCGCCCGCCAUUCAUUCAUGCGGAUCCGUCGCGCCAUUGCCAUGGUCAACGGGGAAUACAACCAGAACAUCACUGGUGUCCGGGUAGUGCAGAGUCUUAACCGCCAGGACGCCAACAUGGCCCACUUCGACGAUCUUAACUCGGAACAUCUGAACGCCAACUUGGAGGCCAGCCGGUUUUCCGGCGCCCUGCAGCCAAUUGUGGAAAUGCUCAUUGGAAUCGCGAUGGGUUUCGGAGUAGUCUUCGCCGGGGGAAUGAUGGCUAAGGGCGGUGCCCUGGAAUGGGGAGUGCUGGUAGCCUUCGCGCUCUACAUCCAACGGUUCUUUGAGCCCAUCCGGCACCUGACAAUGCAGUACAGCAUGCUCCAGCGGGCCAUGGCCGCCGGUGUUCGCAUAUUCGAGGUUCUCGACUUGAAGCCGGAGGUUUCGGACGAUCCGGACGCCCUGGAACUGCCUGAAAUUCAAGGCGAAAUCGAAUUCGAGGAUGUCCACUUCCAUUACGUCCCUGGCGUCGACGUUCUCCACGACGUCAACCUGCGCAUCCAACCCGGAGAGAACGUAGCCAUCGUUGGCUCCACUGGCGCAGGCAAGAGCACGCUGGUCACCUUGAUAGCCCGUUUCGCCGACGUAACGCAGGGGCGCAUUAUGGUAGACGGCCACGACAUCCGCCACGUUACCCGCAGGUCCCUCGCGGGCCAGAUGAGCAUGGUCCUCCAGGAACCGUACCUGUUCUCAGGCACCGUGGCAGACAACAUCCGCUACAACAAUGAGGAUGCUUCUUCACAGGAGGUAGUGGACGCGGCCCGAACAGUGGGCGCGCACGACUUCAUUAUCAAUCUCGAAAACGGCUACGACUCCAUCUUGGCGGAGCGGGGCGUCAACCUGAGCGUCGGCCAGAGGCAGUUGUUGAGCUUUGCCCGCGCCGUUAUUGGAAACCCCCGCAUCAUUAUCCUCGACGAGGCUACCGCCAACAUCGAUACGCAGACAGAGCUCCUGAUUCAGCGGGCGCUGCAACGCGUACUGGAGGGCCGCACCUCCAUAGUCAUCGCCCACAGGCUUUCCACAGUCCGCAAUGCCGACAAGAUUAUCGUCCUGAGCCAAGGACGGAUGGUCGAGAUGGGCACGCACAACGAGCUGCUAUCCCAGGGAGGCGUGUACGAGCGCCUUUAUGCGGUCAACUACGGUCUGAUUUCGGAGCCAUUGGGCACCAUCGAAAGCAACGGCGACACAUACGCGGCGCUGCCGGACGGAGGUCUGGCGGCGACGCCCGCCGACGACUGA